CCAUCCUUUCCCCUUUGCCCGAUCUCCAUCACCCCCUCCUCUCCUUCCUUUGCCUGCUUCGACACAGCACUCUCUGAUUGCAUCGACACUCGAUUCUUGAGCCGAGAUUACAUAACGUAAGCACGGACAAACAGGCAUACAGUCUACCUCGAGCGCACAGCAAACCAUUUGGCAGUUACUCCUACCGCUACCGCUGUCUGUCUGAUUGUCUCCCUGCUUGGCUGACUUUUCAAUAUGCCGACACGAUCUUCCUCCUCCUUUAACGGCAGUAUGGACAGCAACAUGGACAGCAACAUGGACAGCAACAUGAACAGCAACAUGAACAGCAACAGCCGACCAUCGCCACUGUUCAUCCCAGAGUUAUUCCACUGUAUUAUGUUUUAUAUCCUGAGUGAGGCUAAUAACUAUGCCCCCGGACGACUGGAUCAGCUACAGACAGACGACCAAGACGCUCCCAAGGGCAAACUGACGGACACCAGCAGUGUCUCGUGCUAUCCUGGUAGUGCUGGUGCUGGUGCUGUUACCCCCUCGUCCUCUUCAAUGUGUCCGAACAUUGAUACUGACGGCACACACUCAUAUUCGCAAGCAGAUACGUCUCGUACCCGUACACCCUCCGUUUUUUACCAGCAAAACACAGAUCUUCCGGACUAUCCCUUUUCUUCAUCCCCCUCGACUUCAUCUUAUUCAACUUCUUCGUCGUCUGUUCCUUCAUCCUCUCAACACGCCCACUUCACACCUCCAACCCCUUACCCUUCUCCGCCUGAUUUCACACCCUCAUUGCCACAUCAUAUCUCUGCAGGCAUUAGCACGAACGGGCAUCUCAUCCGCCGUCUCUGUCUCUGCAGCACCCGCUCUACCCACGUCUUUGACCACCCAGCCAUCUCACAACUGACAGAUCUGUCUUGUGUGCUCCUACCGAGUAUGCAGAAUCUGGAGCACAUAGAAAACAUUGUCGCCAGGAAUAUCAGGAACCGACUCAGACGUCUCGAGAUUAGUCGCGCAAUAACUCGAAGAAGAGUUAGAUACCAUCCACAUGCUCGCGACAGCAGUAUGUUUGAUUCAUCACACAAUCCAGCACAGCAUCACCACAACGACCAUCACGAACAACAAUUAAGCGGUGGAGAAAGCGGGUUUGAUACAGGCUCGGAAACACCGCAUCAUUCCCGAGAGCGCGGCGGUCAUCAUCAACAUCGAACUUCGGCACCACGUCCGCAAUUGCGGCGGUCUUUGAGUUAUCGCGCACUUCGACCUCGGCACGUCGCUGCCGACCCAACCCUUCCAUAUCCUGGAUUUGACCGCCACCGACAUCGAAAUCCCCACGACCUUGAGCAUUACCAGCAUAUGACUCGUCCACACGAUCCUUAUCCAGCUCGCCACUCCCCUGCCGGCAAACGUCCCCGUCCUUACGAGUUUGUGAUGGAGGAGUGGAUCGAGAUGAUGCUAUCGAUGCCUGCGCUGCAAGAGUUGGAGCUUGAAAUUAUCUCAUUAUUACCAAGAAUGCUGCACUCGACAAUGACCGACGCCAACGAUCACAGGAGCAGCACCAGUGUACGGAACAGUAACAGCAGCAGCUCUCGAAUUAGUCGGCAGGCUGUGUACAAGGAUGAUAUUAUCGAUGUCGAUUUUGACGGGCAGGAUAUCAAGAUGAAGCCGGGCUUGAGCAGCCCGUGUAUCGUCGUCAUUCCUGCUCUCGGAUCGGUCGUCAUGGUAAUCUUCUCUUGGACUCGUCUCGUGCGGCGACCGCCGGAUAUGAUGCAUCAUUAUUGUUGUCUCUGGGACGGGUUCAGGGCAGCACUGACCGCCACCUUGGUCAUGGUCAUUCACGUGCUUAUUCCAACGAUAUCUCGAGUGGCAGCGGUAGCACCCAUGGAAGUAACAUCGCUAAAUGCGGUAGCGACGGCGGUGUCAGCAGCGUGA